GUGUGAAUAUAGAAAGAAAGAAAAAAACACUUAAACGUGUGAAUAGAGAAAGACGAGGUGUAAGUUUAGAUUAAAAGGGCUAAAAAAAGGGGAAAAUGAUAUCUCUAUUCCCGGCAGCCCAAAUCAGAUUGGGAGUAGCGUGUGUCCGAUUAUCGCAACGAUUCCGGUCAAAAGCAUCCAUGGCUAAGGCUCCUCCUGUGGCUAAGAAGGUGAAACAUGAAAUGGAAAUGUUCGGAGAUGUCAGGGUUGAUAACUACUACUGGCUCCGUGACGAUUCUCGUUCCAAUCCUGAAAUCCUUUCUCAUCUUCAACAAGAGAACGCUUAUACUGAUGCAAUCAUCUCAGAAAACAAACAUUUGGAAGAUGAUAUUUAUGCUGAGAUAAGGGGCCGCAUUAAAGAGGAUGAUAUAACUGCACCAGUACGUAAGGGGCUUUACUACUAUUACGAGCGCACUUUGGAGGGGAAGGAGUAUGUUCAACACUGUCGGCGCCUUGCACAAGAAGACGCUGUGCCAUCUGUUGAUGAUAUAAUGGCUACAGCUCCCCCAGAGCAUGUCAUUUUAGAUGAAAAUCUCAAGGCUAAAGAGCAUGCUUUCUAUAAAGUUGGGGCUUUUAAAGUGAGUCCAAAUCAUAAGCUAGUAGCAUAUGCAGAAGAUACUAAAGGAGAUGAGAUCUAUACCAUCCAUGUCAUUGAUGCCGAGACUCGUUCUCCCGUUGGUGAGCCCUUGGUUGGUGUAACUGAUAAUAUUGAAUGGGUAGGUGAUGAGGCUUUGCUAUACGUCACCAUGGAUGAAAUUCUCAGGCCAUAUAAGGUGUGGUUUCAUAAGCUGCACACAAAUCAAUCAACGGAUUCAUGUUUUUAUCAUGAAAAGGAUGAUAUGUUUUCUCUAGAUCUUGAAGCUUCCGAGAGCAAAAAAUAUCUUUUUGUUGGGUCAGAAAGUAAAACUACAAGAUGUAUUUUCUAUCUGGAUAUCUCAAAGCCUGAAAAGGGUCUUAUGGUUUUGACACCUCGGUUAGAGGGCAUUGACACAUCGGUCAGUCACCGUGGCAAUCAUUUUUUCAUUAAAAGGAGGAGUAAUGAGGCUUACAAUUCAGAACUAGUUGCCUGUCCCCUGAAUGAUGUAAAUGCAACCACAAUGCUUCUUCCUCACAGAGAAAGUGUGAAAAUACAGGACAUAAGGCUUUUCAGUGACCAUCUUGUUGUUUAUGAGCGUGAAAAGGGUCUACCCCGGGUUACUUGCUACUCACUUCCAGCUGUUGGUGAACCACUUGAGAGUCUCCAAGGUGGUCAAACUGUUGAUUUUAUUGACCCAGUUUAUUCAGUGGAGCCAGAAGAGUCACAAUUUUCUUCAACUAUAUUGCGGUUUAGUUAUAGCUCUUUGAGAACACCCCCUUCCACGUAUGAUUAUGAUAUGAAUACAGGAGUUUCGGUUCUCAAGAAAGUUGAAACAAUACUGGGUGGUUUUGAUUCCUCAAAGUAUGUGACUAAAAGGGAGUGGGCAAUUGCUAAAGAUGGCACUCAUGUUCCUAUAUCAAUUGCCUAUCGAAAGGAUCUGGUGAAGCUUGAUGGUUCUGAUCCACUGUUGCUCUAUGGGUAUGGAUCUUACGAGAUGUGCGUGGAUCCUAGAUUUAAGGCAUCAAGAUUGUCUUUGUUGGACCGUGGUUUCACAUAUGCAAUCGCCCACAUUCGUGGAGGUGGAGAAAUGGGGAGGAAGUGGUAUGAAAAUGGGAAAUAUCUCCACAAAAAGAAUACUUUUACAGAUUUUAUUGACUCUGCUGAGUAUCUAAUAGAAAAGAAAUAUUGUACAAAAGAAAAACUGUGCAUCGAAGGAAGAAGUGCAGGUGGUUUGCUUAUUGGGGCUGUUGUGAACAUGCGUCCUGAUUUGUUCAAGGCGGCAAUAGCUGGAGUGCCAUUUGUAGAUGUUCUCACUACAAUGCUCGAUCCAACAAUUCCUCUAACAACAGCAGAAUGGGAGGAAUGGGGUGAUCCUCGUAAAGAAGAAUUCUACCAUUACAUGAAAUCAUAUUCACCAGUUGACAAUGUAAAGGCGCAGAAUUAUCCAGCCAUACUUGUUACUGCUGGGUUAAAUGAUCCACGUGUACAAUAUUUUGAACCCGCUAAGUUUGUUGCUAAGCUGAGAGAGAUGAAAACAGACAAGAAUUUAUUGUUGUUUAAAUGUGAGAUGGGUGCAGGCCACUUCUCCAAGUCAGGAAGGUUUGAGAAGCUCCAAGAGGAUGCAUUUACCCACACUUUCCUUUUGAAGAUUCUGAACAUGGUCCCUGCCCCACCUCGUGGUUAAAAUGUCUUGAGUGAGUUACUGUUGGAAGCUUCAAAAUUCAUUUUCAAAAUUCUUGCUCUUUAGGAUUGAUUGAUGUUGAUGGUAUUUCUUGUGGGAUUAUUAUUUAUUGAAUUGAAAUGCUAGUUUAUAUUUUGAUUCACACCA